GUCCAUCCAUCUCGCCGUCCUCUCUGCUGUCCACGAGCAGCUAUGUCGGCGGCACUGCAGGCAGUAAAGCAGUUCCGCGUUCGCGAGCUUGCUCCUCUUCUCAAGGCCGACCCCAAGCUCUCAGCUGCACGGCCGAAAGUUCUGAACCCCUUCCUCCCCCACAAAAACCCCGAGUCUGGCCGAUGGGCACCACCCAAAUACUCGCUCCGGCGACAAGCCGAGCUCAUCAAGAGCGCGCGGGCUAGCGGGCUGCUGCACCUCCUGCCCCCAGGGCCUAAGCUGCCCCCGAGUGCCAUCGAGGUCGCGUCAACAUCCGCACCGGCGGCAGCCGAGGCGACGGAGCAGGCAAAAUGGUGGACGGCCGCGAUCGAGUGGGACGGCGAGUUCAAGGAGAAGGAGGUGAAGGGUGCGGACGUUGGGAACCGCCUGUAUGCGGGCAAGAAGCGCAUGUUCAAGGGCCACAAGUGGGAGCGCACGGCGGACAAGCGCACCUGGAAGCGCGACAUGCUCAUGAAGCACAUGAGCAAGCGUAUAGCGCGCUUCAAGACGACGUACCAGCGCAAGACGCCAAGCCCCGUCAGCCCUGCCCGGGCGGUAUCGUACUCCAAGCUUCCCUUCUAAUGUACACCCGCACGCCUCGUGCAUACGCUAUUUGCUCUUAUACUUCCCACAUC